AUGAUCUUUACUAACCCCAUAAUCCCAGGAUUCAACCCCGAUCCCUCCAUAGUCCGAGUAAAUAGUGACUUUUUCCUGGUAACGUCAACAUUUGAGUAUUUCCCAGGCACCGCAAUCUAUCACAGUCGCGAUCUGAUCCAAUGGAAAUUAAUCGGACAUGCAUUGACAAAAUCGAGUCAGCUUCAGAUCCAUACUCCAGAGCCUGGGGGUGGAGUAUGGGCCCCAACUAUAAGACACCGUGAUGGCAUGUUCUAUGUGGUUGCUGCUAGUUUCCAACGUUAUUGUCCCCAGCAAGAUGAUCGAGUCUGGCCGCAGGGUUUCUACGUUCAGACGACCGAUAUCUGGGAUGAUAGGUCAUGGUCGGAUCCCGUAUAUUUUGACCAAGUCGGAUUCGAUCAAGAUCUUUUCUGGGAUGAUGACGGCACAGUUUAUCUUUCUUCCACUUACCGAAAACUCCAGCCCACACCAGGCGUCAAUUUGAAAGACUUCGCCAUCCAUAUCUGCACCGUUGACCUGGUCACCGGAAAGUCCACAUCCGAGCCCAAAUUGAUUCGCGAGUCAUCAUCCGGCGUCGCGGAAGGAUCACACAUUUACAAACGUGGUCACUAUUACUACCUUUUCACAGCUGAGGGUGGUACUGAGAGUGGACAUUGCGAGUGGGUUAGUCGCAGUGAAUUUGGCCCAAUGGGACCAUGGGAAGUUGGUCCAGAGAAUCCUCUUUGGCGAAAUGGAGUUGAAGAUGAAGUGCAGAACACUGGCCAUAUUGAUCUAAUCGAGGAUGCGUAUGGUCAAUGGUGGGCUGUUUUGCUAGGUGUUCGGCCUAUGCGGAAAGAAGGAGAAUGGGAGGAAUCUGUUCUAGGAAGAGAGACUUUUCUUGUCCCGGUGAGAUGGGAAGAUGAUUGGCCUGUUGUUAAUGAGGGCAAGAAAAUUUCACUUCAAUCCACUGGGCCGGGUCUUUACCAAUAUCAACCACCCGUCUCCUGGAGGGAUGACUUUUCUACCGUGGAAUUGACAUUAGGAUGGUAUAGAAAAAGUGAAGACAACACACCAAUCACAGUUGACUAUUCUCUCACUGAAAAUCCGAGCCAUCUUCGACUGUAUGGAGGGCCAUACAACCUCUCUGUACCAGCGUGCCCAACCUUGUUCUUGCGUAAGCAAACACACAUAUUCUGCACCUGGGAAACAAAAAUAUCCUUCCAGCCAAGAUCAGAAUAUGUCGAGUCAGGGACUGUGCUGUGGUGGAAUUACUUCACCUACACUAGCCUCGGCAUUCGGAAAAAAGGAGAUGGUCGGGUAAUUCGACUUCAACCAUCAGAAGGAGAAAUAUUCGAGAAGCCUCUAGCUCUCACAUCUGAAGUAACACUCAUAGUCGAAUGUGGCGAACAGUAUCGAUUUGGGUAUUUUGAAUCCACCGUUCCUCAGGUUACCUGGAUCGGAACAGUCUCGAAUCAGGCUGCGACAAAGGUACCGCCAGUGGGGGCCCCAUUCACAGGAAUGAUGUUUGGGCUUUAUGCAUUUGGCGAACGGCAGCGAUGCCUAGACCCUGCUGACUUUUCAUAUGCGGAGUUUCGAUAG